UUGACGACACAGACCCAAAAAAAAAAAAAAAGAAGAAAAAAAAAGGUGGAAGUGAAAGUGUGACAAUUCAAAAACAGUCACACUCUCACACAAUACUCAGAGAUGAAUCAGUUGAAGACAGUUCUCAACAUUGCCAACAAACAGGCCAACCUUGGUUUUGGUUUGGUGGCCCUGCUGACCGCCGGAGGAGAGCAGCUCUUCUCCUCGGUGGUCUUCAAAUGCCCCUGCAAUGACUGGAACUUUGAGUACGGCAUGGUGUUUCUGCUGGUCCCCGCUCUGGCGCUGCUGCUCAUGGGCUUCAUCUUGAGUAAAAAGACCUGGAAGCUGGUGACGGGUCUGUGUGUGCGCAGAAGCAGCCUGUGCCGUUGGAACAAGGUGACAUCCUGCGCGUCCAUCCUGCUCCAGAUCGGUGCCACUGCGCUCGUUGCGCCCUCCAGCUGGAUAGCGGUGGCUCUGCUCAACGGGAACUACUUUGAAUGCGCAAUGACCGGGACCAAUGUGAGCCUGUUCAACAACCACCUGUGUGGGGUGAAGACCACGCAGGCUGAGUGUCAGACUGAGCUGUACAAGUUCCCCUGUGGAAAGUCAGACAAAGUGUCCACUGCCGGCAGAGAGGAGGUCAUGCAGAACCUCCGAGCAGAGUCCCAGAUCCUGGGUUGGCUGCUCAUCGCUUCCAUCAUGCUGUGCAACCUGGUGUUCGCCUGCGUGGCUCGUUGCACGUCACCGAUCAGCUACCUGCAGCUCAAGUUCUGGAGGGUUUAUGAUCAGGAGGAGAGCACCCUCCUGGACAAAUAUACAGCAGAACAUGCCAAGGAGCUCGCCGACAGAAACGUGAAGAGCUUCUUCCAAAUGAAGCCUCCAAAAGACUUUGUUACUCCCUCCAACAAGGACUGGGAGAAAAUCUCUUCACUCUUUAAGUUCUACACCAAAGACCAUUACUACAGCACUCUGCACCAGCAUGUGGAGUGCUGUGAGGAAACCGAUGAUGGAAUGAUGAGGCUGGGGUCUGUCAGGUCAUCUGAUAUUUCUCCUGAGGCCCCUCCUAUGUUUAAUUUGGCGGAUGGUGUUAGUGUGGCAAUAUAGUACACUUAUGGAAGUGCCCUUAAUGUAUACAUUAUCGAGGUUUCAUGUGAGAAAAAAACUGAUGGAAACAGUAAGAUCUGGAAAAAAAUGUUCUGAAUUAUACAAAAAAGUAAGGUAGCAGCCUGAAGUGGUUUUGCAUUUGCUGUUUUCAAAUCAAUUGUGACAUACUGAAUGUUAACCAUUAGCUGUUUGCUCUGUUCUCCCAGAUGUUCACAUAUCUGGUUGUGCAACAGGAAAUGUGGAAUCAUGAGAACUUGGAAUUGUUAUUUGGUCUCCUCCAUGAUAGAAAAUAUUACAGCCUUUUCAGAUGGAAUACAGCAACAGCAUGUCUUCUACCCUGUUUAUUAGAUCCUUGAAUAACGCCUGCCAGGACUCUGGCAUUUUCGGAAAUUUGUCGCGAUGUGCAUUUUGGGAAGCAGAGCUCCACGCAGCUACAUUAUGGCCACAGCAGCAACAAACACGGAAAGGGCUUCAUUGCCUCUUGCUACUGCAGCU